GGUCUGCACUGCUCUGCUGGAGAUAAGGAGGGAAGAUGAGAGGGAAGGAAGAAGGAAUAGCAGAAAGGAUGAGACAAGACAAACCAUGUGGGAGGUGUGAAUCCUCUAAACGGCAGUGAGAGGGUAUGAAGAAUAGGGGACAGUUGGAGGUGUCCCAUGGGCAUGUUUGUCCUCUGGCCGUUCAGCCUGUGUGUCUCUGCUCUGCACACAGACGCUCUGGGAGGGAGAAGAAAGACCGUCUAAAAAUAAACUGACAAGCACCACCAGCAGAAAAACAAACUGACAAAUACAACAAGAGGACAAAGAGGAACUUCCCAUUGUUUCUGUCUCUUUCACCCUGUCUGAGACUUUCUCUCUCGCCACUCAGUUUCUGUGUCUGUCCUCAAUUUGGCUAGAGAGGAGGUCAUGUCCCAGUCUGGAAAAGUACUUCAUUUGUAUGUAGAGGUGAGGUCUGCCCCAGAUCAGGCAGGAGGGAAGGAAGGGAUUGCUCAGGGGCAUUCGGUUCAGGACAGUCCAACUGAGCUCCUGUCUCAGCUAGCAAGCCAGAACUCCGUCACUAAGACCUCCACAGCUCAGCGUCUCCUUCAAGACUGCAAACAUAACCAGUCUCCUUAUAGAAACGUCCAGCUCCAGCAAGCCAGCAGCUCCCCUACAGUCUCCAAGCGUUGGAGUGCACCGUGUGAUGGAGCGUCUGCCUUUCACUCGCCACAAAUGAUGUCCUCUUCGGGAAAGGUUGACGCCCCUCACACUCCUCCCAACUGCCAGAGGUUCAAUGAGGGGAAGGGUCAGUGAUGGUACGCGCUCUGUGGUUACCUUUAGUUACAUUGAGAAGUCCAACGUGAACAGUCCAUGUAAAAGAGGUACUAUAGAGGAAAGAUCCACCCCUUCUCACUUUCGUAAAAGACUCAGCGACCCAAUUUGGUUUGGGAGUCCCAAUUCAUCGUGCAGCUCCAGUCCCAAGCAGACUUUCCGAUCUCCAGGAAGUCACCAGCAGACGUUCUCUCCUGGACUUCGCCAAUCAGCUCUGGAUCCCAUCGGCAGGGCAGCUACCCAGAGGGCUGUGGAGGAGUUCGGCUCCCCUCUGUUGAGGAUUAAGCUGGCCCAUGCACUUGAGCAGGACGCAUCGUCACGCUAUAACCAACAGCCGCGCUGUCAGUCCUGGGCUGGGUCUCCUGUCCAGCGUCAGAACAUGGGUGUCCUCAAAGACCACUUCACGGAGAGGAGCCAGGCUGUUUGUGGGCUGCCUCGGAGCCCUGCGUCAGACCAGCUAUCCUCCAAGUCCAGGCACUCAUCUAACGUGAAGCCUGAGUCUUUCGUUGAGUCCCAGAGCCCUCUUCACUGGUCUGCAGAGGACAGAACUGUAGUCCGAAGUCCAGCCACAAAAAGAAAUGUCCACCAGUCUUCCAACAGAAGCACUUCGCCGCAGGCAGCAAUCCUCCAACUUGGCAAUAAUGUAGUUGAGGGCUUGAAUCAAUUAAGUGACAGUAAACCCUCCUCUCCGGCUCAUAGCCCUGAGGUAGCCCGGAGGCUAGCAGAGGAGGCCACCAAAGUAUCUUCUAUUUUCACAGAGGCACGAAGGUCCUCAUUGCACAACGCUUUAGGAGAGCCCGCUGGAGAACUUCAACAUUCAGCACCAAAUGCACAACUCAAACAAACGCUUAAGAUGAACAUCCCUUUAAAUGACCAACAAACGCCAGCAACUGACAACACAGACUCUCACCAGCCGGAAAACUCUCUCUCUCAAUCUAUCUUGCACUCGCACGAAACCAACUCCAGUACUAAUCAUCAAACACACCAGGAGGACUUCAUUCAGAAGUCCCACCCUCAUAGCUCGAUUUUAAGUUCCCCCGCCAUACCUUCGCGAGUUUUACGUCCUUCUUAUCCUCCAACUGAGUUCAGCUCUCCCAUAAGGGACCCCAGGCUAUUCCAAGCAGAACUCCGAGCACCGGAUACCCCCACCCUACAUCGCCGGCAGCUCCCGAGGUACACCGGAGACUCCUGGUCCCCUAGUCUCGAUAAGAGAGGAGACCUGAGCUGUUUCGAGAGAGGGGACUGCACUGAGCUCGCUAGGAGGCUAUUCAUCAAUCAGAGUGUUGAGGAGGCACCAGUUAGCUGGACGUCCAGGCAGCAGUGGGGGAAAGAGGUGGAGAACAGCCCGAUGCCGAGCCCUGUGGCUGGUCUAGGGUGCAUCGAUGACCAAACUCCUGAUUGUCCAUCUGGUCACCAUCGCAGACCGCUCAGUCCGACAGCACAGCAGAAACGAGCGGAGCAGAGGAGGAGAGAGAUCCUGCUUCUGGGCCCCGUAGCGUUAGACUCUCCAGAGGAGGAUGAGGGUUGUGAUGAGGAGGGACAGGGCAAUGAGAUGGAGGGAUUUGAGGCUGAGCAGCAGGGGGUAGGGGAGGCUCAAGAGGCAGAGCAGAACGGAGCCAUGGGAGGUUCCUCCUCGCGGAGCUCCAGCGGGGUGACAGGAAGCCUGGGAGACAGAGACUGUGUGUCCCCUGAGUCCAGUCAGUCCAGUCAGUCCAGUCAGUCCAGUCACCAGAGCAACGAGACCGGGGCCGCCACCUCAGGAAUACAGACGGACAGUGGCUGUGCAUUGCCUGUGCCCUCGCUCCAUUGUCAAAGGAUCGCUCGUGCCAAGUGGGAGUUUUUAUUUGGGACCCCUGCUGAGGAGGCUGCUAGCAGGGGAGAGAAAAAUUCUCUGGAAGCCUCCACAGCUCCUCCCAGUGGUAACUCCAGCGAGUCUCCCACACCAACUCCCCCUUCCUCCCUCCCUCUGCUUUCUGCCAAUCACACCGUACAACAGGUCGAGGUAGAGCUGGUGACCCCUCCUCCAGCUGUCAUCGGGACUUCCCCCAAAACUGGCAUUAUUCGCCGGACCUUAAAGUACUCAGAAACUGACCUUGAUGCAGUUCCUCUUCGCUGCUACCGAGAGACGGACAUAGACGAGGUGCUGCUGGCGGAGCUGGACGACGCAGACUCUGCGUUUGGGAGUAACCGCAGCGUCCAGGGCACCUCGGGUACAGGCAGCAGCCCACUGGGGGGUCUGGCUUAUGGUAGGACAGAUGGGGAGGUCACAGAGAAGAGAAGGGGAGAGGGUGAGGAGGAGGAGGAGGAG